AUGGCGAUGGACCUCGCCGAGAAUAUCUCCCACAAGACAUCGGGCUUGAUCCAGUCCAGCAAUCAUCGAGACCUUCUCGACAUCGUUGACACCCUAAGAAACAGCGGUGUCAGUCACUAUGUCGACCUCCCCCAGAUCAUCGUCUGUGGCAGCCAAUCGUCAGGCAAGAGCUCCACGCUCGAAUCGCUGUCUGGCAUCGCCUUCCCGACUGCCGAGGGUCUCUGUACGCGAUUCGCAACCGAGUUGAUUCUGAGGCGUGGCGAGACCGACAAGCCUGAGAUCAAGGUGCAGAUCCAGCCAGCCGCCGGCAGAACCGGGGAGGAGAGGAUUCGCCUAGCAGCCUUCUCGGCAGAGACCAGCGAUCAGAAUGACUUUGCGAAAAUCAUAGAGUCGGCAAAAGAAGCUAUGAGUCUUUCGGGAAGAGAAGGCUCCAAGAUAUUCAGCACCGAUGUGCUGCGCAUCGAGAGCACGUCGCCAACAGCACCUAACAUCACCCUCGUCGACCUGCCGGGUCUGUUCGGUGCAUCUGACAAGAACCAGUCGGACGACGAUGCGACAUUGGUCCAAGAAUUGGUCGUCGGUUACAUGCGGCAACGUCGUAGCAUCAUCCUCGCCGUCGUCACAGCCGACAACCCGUUCGCGAACCAGCCCGUGACCAAGUCCGAUGUCCAGUCUGGCAUCAAGGACUGCAGAAGAAAGCUGACACGGCUUGGAAGGGCACGCAGUACCAAGCGAGAGAAGCACACCUAUCUACAGCGGAUUAGCAGUCAGCUGUCGAAGCUGAUCCGAGCUGGCAUUGAUGGCGUAUACGCUGACAAAUUCUACGAGUCUUACCCUGGACAAGCAGAUGCGUUCGACAGGCGGUUACGUGCCCACGUUCAAUGGAUUCUCAGUGAAUACGCCGACAAGAUGCGUGAGGACGGUCACUCACUGGAGAUCGUCGAGGAAGACGAAGACCCGGUCAGAGAGAUUUCUUCGAAAUACAUCAUGCGAGUCGAUUACCUAGAAAUCGUGAGUGACCUCAUGGUUGAGUGUCGAGGCCGCGAACUCCCUGGCACCUUCAAUCCCAUGGUUGUUGGUGAUAUGUUCAGCAGGCAAUGCAAGCCCUGGGAACCCAUCACACAGAAUCUGGUGGAGCGGAUCCACGAUGCCGCAACUACGACCUUCAACAAGGUCGUUUCAGAAAUCUGCGACCAGAACACGCGAUCUCGUCUGAUGAGACUUCACAUGGAGUGGAAGUCCUGCGAAGCCGUGGUGUACGUAGUGGCACAAUAG